UCGACUGCUUAUUUUGAAUUAGUAUUUUGGCGCAUUCAGCAAACGGUCGUUUGCUGCACUCUCAGUCGUCAGUUUCCAAAAUUGUUUAAACAAACAAAUACUAAAAUAGCAUACGGCGGACGUAAACAAAGGCCGCAGCAAGCAAGCGCAAGUGCAGUUGGCGCGUUUACAGCGAGGAGAAUACGUGAGAACGCGACGACACACAAAACCAUAGAACUACAUAAAAGAAAAAACAUGGCUGGUUUCAUAGCGGUGCAUACAGGAGCUGGAAACUGCAUAGACGAGUCGAAAUACCAGCGCGUCAUCAAAGAGGCAUGCAUGCGGGCCACAGAGAUUCUACGAAACGGCGGCAGCGCCGUCGAUGCCUGCGAAGCGGCAAUAAUGCGUCUGGAGAACUGUGGCAACACGAAUGCCGGCUUCGGGUCCAAUCUCUGCCUGGAUGGCACGGUGCAAUGCGACGCUGCCAUCAUGGAUGGCACCACACUCAACUUUGGGGCCUGUACAAAUGUGAGUCGGGUCAAAAAUCCCAUUCAGCUUGCGCGUCGCAUUUGUGAUGGUCAAUCGGAGCAACAGCCAUUGGAACGCAUACCCCCCAUGGUGUUAGCUGCGAGUGGAGCGGAGCAGUAUGCCGAGCAACAAGGUUGUGCCAUGAUCGAGCCCAAUGUGCUGAUCUCAUCAAAAGCGAAAUUCCAUUACAAUCAUUAUAAGAGCAAAUUCGACGCGGUUGUAGGCAACCAUAGCAAAGCUGUUGUGGAGGAUGCGGAUGUGGUGCCAGAACCGGGCAACGAGGUGGAACUCUCUGCAGCUCCGCUGGACACUGUGGGCGCUGUGUGCGUGGAUGGCGCUGGCAAUACGGCAGCUGGAUGCAGUUCCGGCGGAAUACUGCUAAAGAUGCCCGGACGAGUGGGUCAGGCGGCUACGUACGGUGCUGGCUGCUGGGCGAGCGAUACGGAUGAGUUGGCCAUUGCCACGUGCACGACGGGCAAUGGCGAGUAUCUGAUGAAGACGCUGCUGGCGCGUGAGAUCUGCUAUGGUGCCUUUGAUAGCGAUUGCGCUGUGACGAGUCUGCAUAAGACGUUUAAGCAAAAGUUCCUCGAUUCACCGUUGUUGCCGCAACAACAGGAUCUCUAUGCCGGCGCCUUGACACUGCUCUACUAUCCGAAGCAAAGCAGCGGCGAGGUGAUGUGGAGCCACACGACGCAAUCGUUUUGUGUCGGCUACAUGGCGACAACACAGAAAGUGCCAAAGUUUGUACACUCGCCACUGCCCACAUACAGUGUGCCAGGGCGAUCGUGCGUCGUCAAUGGCCAUAAUUUCCAUUUGCGCAUUUAGUUUUUGGCCAGCCCAAAAAGCAAAAAGUAGCAGCAGCAGCAGCAGCAGCCAACUAGCCAGAGUCUCAGACAUUGGGAGACCUAACCGAGACAGCCAGCCUCCUGCUUCUCUCUCGUCAUUCAGUGUCAACUUUGCAGUUUUCUGCAAUUCAUUUGAUUUAAUGUUUAAUUGCCGCGACAAUCGCCCAACCAACCAAACCGACAGCAGCAGCAGCAGCCAGCAACCAGCGACAGCAGCGUUUCGCUUUUGUCUCGAUAAAAUAUUAAGAAUCAUUAAAUGAAAACUUUUUAUUGUACAGAGUACUUAUGAUAUAUGUAUGGAUGUAACUAUGUAUCUUUGUUGUUCUGUCUCAAAUGUGUGGCCAUGCACAGCACACACUAAAAUAAUAUUAAUACACACACAUACUUAUAUAGUUUAACAACGACAAUGUCUAGUACGAUUUCCCCUUGUUGAACUAAGCUGAAACUGAGGCGCAACGCAUCUGCCAGCGUUAUAAAUCAGCCAAGAGCAAGAGCGAAAACGUGAAAUAUCAUAUUCAAUAACAGAUUUAGACACGAUGACGUAUGCAUGUCGCGUCUCUUGUGUAUAUAGAAUUGCUUUUUUUUUCUUUUCUUUUUAUGUUUUUAUUUGCUCAACACUCUUCCUAACCCAUUCGCUUUGGCGACA